UGGAGAUCAGCUAGUAUUUCUCUCUCUCUCUCUCUCUCUCUCAUUUAUUUACAAUGGCCCAAUCACCACAAGAUCUUCGAAUCGCCAUUCUGGGCGCUGGUAUGGGAGGGCUCACGUGCGCCCUAGCCCUCGCCCAGGAAGGGUUCAAAAACAUAGAUGUCUACGAAUCGGCCUCGGAUCUAGGGUUCGUUGGAGCGGGGAUCCAACUGGCGCCGAAUAUGGCCCGAGUGCUAGACCGUUUGGGGGUAUGGAAGGGGAUUGAAGCUGAGGCAGUAAACAUUGUAGAGACUAGCGUGAGAGUUGGCGCCACUGACAUGGAACUGGCACAUGUUCCGCUCCACUAUAUCAAAGACACAUACGGAUACCCGCACAUGGUCGGUCACCGUUCGUCGCUGGCCAACGGGCUAUACCAGGGGUGCCUCCGCUACGAGAACAUCCGGUUCCAUUUCUCCAUCACCGCCGACAAUGUCGACUCGUUCGGCCCCCGGCCAUCUUUUAUAGCCGUUCCCCGCGACACUAGCAAGGCGCCGUACCGGGUCGAGGCGGACGUGCUGCUAGGCGCCGACGGCAUCAAGAGCAACACGCGCGUGGCGAUGAUGGAGAAACUCGGCAUCCAGACAGCCGUGAAGGAUACGAAUCAAGCGUCCUACCGAAUCAUGAUCCACAAGGACCAGAUCAAGGACGACCCGGAGCUUCUGGAGCUGAUGAACAGCAACACGGUGUCUCGCUGGAUCGGCGAGAAGCGACACAUCAUCGCAUACCCGGUAUCCAACAAUACCAUUUAUAAUUUGUCGACUGUUCAGCCCGAUACGAAUUUCGCGGCCGCCACCAACGCCACCUAUACCACUCGCGGCUCGAAGAAGGUCAUGUUGGACGUGUUUAAUGAUUUCUGCCCCAUGGUCCAGCGCAUGCUGAACUAUGUCCCCGAAGGGGAGAUCUGUGAGUGGAAAUUGCGCGUUCAUGAACCGUUGGAUACAUGGGUUCAUGAGUCCACUGCUCUCGUCGGUGAUGCGUGCCAUCCGACUUUGCCACAUCUUGCGCAGGGAGCGGCGCAGGCUAUUGAAGAUGGUGCAGUGAUUGCCAUCGCCUUGGCCCGGUUACCGAAUACAACGCCCGCCUCGAUUCACAAGGCGCUCAAGGUGUAUGAGAAGAUUCGCAAGGAGCGAGCGUACGCACUUGUAGAGCUGGCGGCUGCAUCGGGUCGAGCUCUUCAUUUAGGGGAGGGUGCUGCUAAGGAGGAGCGUGAUAAGCAGUUCGCAGCUCUGAAGAAUGGUAACGGGCCGGUGCCUGAUAAGUGGGCAGAUGCGGAUGUCCAACGGACUAUCUAUGGCUUUGAUUGCCAGAAGGAGACGCAGGAGAGGUUUGAUGAAUAUUUCGCGUAAGCAUUGCUCUAAUUUUGGGGGUCUGUGAUUGAUGUAUUGUGUAUACAGAAGCUGAUGCGAUAGAAGGUCUCCACGAGAUGCUAAGUUAAUAUGAGUAGGGAGUUCACGUAGAGAAUGAAUGUAAAUAUGAAGACAUGAAGCCGGAUAUAGAUCAAUCAGUUGUAUUUAACGUGCAAGAGGCUUAUUCACCAUUGCUGCAAUUAAAUGUGUCUUCUCUUCCUGGAACGGGGUUUACUGGGACUAGAUUUAUUGUGCCAGGGAGUUUAUAUACUUUCCGAAACUAUUCAGAGAAGAUACCAUCGGAGUGAUUGGCCUCUGUACAUACAUCAUUUGACACUCACAUCUCC